AUGUUAAACCAUGGAGAAAGAGGUGGUGUCAGUAUACGCCGAUAUUGCUAUGGUAAUUAUGAUGAUAAUAUAUUUAUCGAGUGCGCGUCAUCGGGCGUGGUUGGCUGCCAGCAGCGGUAGUCAGGAGGCAGGAUCUGGUGGAUGCGGAUUGACAGAUCAGGGUUAGCCGCCAGGGGAGUGCAUUUUCCUUCACAGUCCUCCCCGAGACACCCAGCUCACCUCGGUGCUCCACGAAGCGGACAGAGAGAACGAGCCAGAGCCGCGCCUCUCUUCUCUCUCAGCUCGCAGCUGUGUAACAAACACACAGCAGCAGCGCCGCACAGUCUGCGAGACUCUCAGCCCGACCCGACCCAACCACAGCCAGUGCAGCCUGUUCGGCUCAUAAGGGAAAGUCCGGUGAUCUGCUGUUUAUGGAGAUGAGAUGCAUGUGACCAUGUUGUCGCUGUAAUAUGAGUUUGCUAGCGGCAUGUGGUGCCAUGAGAACCUUGCAGGGAUAUCUAGUUCGGUAAGGUAUGGCGCUUUCUACUUGACCAAAUACAUCUCACAGGAGGUGGCGGCUGGCUUGCACAGAACAACAGCACGGCGGAGACCAAACCCAGUGCGCUGAAUUUAGAUAUGAGCUAAAAGUUUACAAACAUUAUAAGAUGUUGGGAUCUACAUUGAGUGUUUAAGUUCAGUGUGAUUCUUGUCAUUAUGGGUGUAGACUGAACGGGAGCGUAUUCUCUUCACCGAGAUAACGAUGGCUUUCUGAGGAGGAUAUCUCUCUGUCUGUGCUAUGAUCUGGACCAUGCGGACUCUGAUGCUGAGGACGCUGUGUGUGUUGUUGGGGAAUGCACAUAUCGUGUCUCUCAGAAAUAAUGGCUACAUGCGAACUAGAGAAACAGUGGAGGGUUAUUAUGGGUUUAACGCCACAGCAACACACAGGACCGCUCACACAGCCACCGGAGAAGGUCCCCAAAACACAGUUUACAACAGCACUCGCUCUGGGGGACACGCUACAGGUACGUCCUACUCCAAACAGAAUAUUCAAACGUGGAUGGAAAAGAUUAAUUCUACUUCUGUGAGAAGGACGCGCGUAAUUACGGAUGAAACAAAACAUAGGCAUGUCGGAUUAAAACAACACCAGUCCAACAGAACACUAACACGGUGGGAUUACUCUGCCACCCCACACAGGGACAUGGUACGCCGCCACAAGAGGAGAAAGUUUAAUAGGGAGAUUGGCGCAGCCGCUGCCAUGGGGACGGCAGGUGGAUACAAUAUCACUAAGUCUCCAGUAAUGGGCCAGCAGCGCGGGGGACAACUGGACAGCGACAGACGCAAGAGAGGCACAAAAGACGAGCAGAAGAAGGCGUUUAAGAGGGAGAGGGGGAGAAAAGUGAACAAAAGCUCAAUGGCUUUAUCUCAGGCGCACAGCGCAGUGGGCGGGCUGGACCCCCCUCUCUCUCCAUGGGAACCAAUACCCAAGCCCCUAGCUCUCACCUCUACCGACCUACCCCUCGACUUCUUCACCAGGAAAAACGAGAUGUUUACUUACCGGGAGGAAAAUCCGUGGGAUGCCACUCCAAUGACACCUCCCAACACAGCAGAUUUUGGACGUGAAAUCAAAAACCCAUUUUACCCAGUGACAAGUGAAACCUUUGGAGCUUAUGCUAUCAUGGGCGUUUCUGCCAUCAUUUUCCUCGCUGGGAUAGCAGGGAACAUAGCCAUACUGUGCAUCGUGUGUCAGAACUACUAUAUGAAGAGCAUCUCCAACUCUCUCAUAGCUAACCUGGCCAUCUGGGAUUUUGUAGUGGUCUUCUUUUGCCUGCCCCUUGUCAUUUUCCAUGAAUUGACUAAGUCCUGGCUACUGGGAGAUUUCACCUGUAAAAUCGUGCCAUAUUUGGAGGUGGCAUCUCUAGGUGUGACCACGUUCACCCUGUGUGCUCUGUGCAUUGACCGGUUCCGCGCAGCCACCAAUGUCCAGAUGUAUUACGAGAUGAUCGAGAACUGCACCUCCACUACAGCCAAGCUCGCCGUCAUCUGGAUCGGAGCUCUCCUAUUGGCUCUCCCUGAGCUCCUGAUCCGCCAGCUGGUCACCGAGGACCCCGCCCUACCAGAUGACCCCCCAACGGAGCGCUGUGUGGUGCGCAUCUCGACAUCGCUCCCAGAUACACUCUACAUCCUGGGCCUAACCUACGAGGGCGCGCGGCUCUGGUGGUGCUUCGGCUGUUACUUCUGCCUCCCUACGCUCUUCACCAUCGGCUGUUCCCUCGUCACCGCCCGCAAGAUCCGCCGCGCCGAGCAGGCCUGCGUCCGCGGCAACAAGAAGCAGAUACGCCUCGAAAGCCAGAUGAACUGCACUGUCGUGGCGCUCGCCAUCGUCUACGGCGCCUGCGUGGUCCCGGAGAACAUCUGUAACAUCGUGUCGGCAUACAUGGCGGCGGGCGUGCCGGAGCGGACCAUGGCGGUCUUACACCUCCUGUCACAGCUGUUGUUGUUCUGCCGGGCGGCAGUGACGCCUGUUUUGCUCCUGUUAUUAUGUCGUCCACUAGGCAGAGCCUUCCUGGACUGUUGUUGUUGCUGCUGCUGUAACCAUGCCCACUCCUCAGGCACGGCUAGUGAUGAUAAUGAGCAUGAGUGUACCACAGAGCUGGAGCUGUCGCCCUUCAGCACCAUACGCAGAGAGCUCAGCAACUACACUCCCGCAGGGUCCAAUUGUUAAAACCACACAACUACUGUUGAAGGUCGAGUGCAGUCAAAAACAUGAUUUUUCAGUGUUUUAUAUUCGGUGUAUAUUUCCACACUAUGAGGUUGAUAUAAUACUGUGAAAUUGUGAAAAUGAUGAUAAUGCCCCUUUAGGUUAAUAAGAUCCUUUUGAGAAGACCGCCUGAAAUUCAUCCUGUUUUGGUGGGAUGGAGUUUUGGCCUGCUCGGUGACACCACCAGGUGGUAAAUUAGUUAGACCAAUUAGAAAGAGAGUUACAAACGUCUCAGUCAAAAACAGCAAGUUUUCAGUUUUCCCCUCCCCACUCAGACCAUUAACCAGACAAUCUGAGCUAAAUUCUUGCAGGAGAAAUUGUUGUUUUCUAAGAAGCUGUUUUUCUUUUUUGACAAGUUACUUAAUUAUUACCCAAAAAUGAAAUGAUAUUGAGAUAAAAAAUGGCUGCAUUGGAACUUUAAUGACUACACAGCUACUCACCUGCAGGACUAUACAAACAUACUAGUACACAGAACUGUACAACUUCACACCUGCAGAGUCAAACUGCUAAGGCUGCACACCUUUGCAACUACAGAACUAUACAACAUUUCACAAGCAGAAUCAAACUGCUUGGAUUACAUACCUAUACACCAACGGUACGAAACUACAGUAAACUACUACACAGUUAGCUACACAACUGACAAACUGGGUGCUAGGGCCACACAACUCCUGUACAGCAUACUAUUACACUAUUACACAACUACUGUAUAUAACUACACACUAGCAGGGAAAAAGUGUCAGGACUACACACUAUACAUCCGCAGGGAGCAAGUAACAUCUGAACAGCCAUACUGCCGAGACAACUGCACAACAACCCAACUGCACUACAACUCCCAAUACACAUACUGUGCUCCAACCCAGUACACAAACCAAGUGUUCUGAACUGGGACCAGACAUGAAUGGACAAAGCCAGACACUCGAGAACAGACUACCCUGGACUGUGUUGAGCUGAAAUGGAAUCAGUGGAGUGGACUAGGCGUGGCUGGGCUGGAGUGGACUCCGAAUAGUUGACUGGAGUGGACUGGGCUAGAACGGAUAUACUCACGUCACCCCUCACUCAAACUCUGCACUCACGAUUCAGUUCACACACACACGCCUUACUCACACACUGGACUGUACAUACUGUAUACUACACACUAUCACUCUAGUGAAGGAAAGCUAUAUAGGGAAGGAAAGAAGGAAGCGUACGGAGGAGGAAUACAAGGACAUUACAAGCAUAUUGUGAUUGUUUUCUUUUAAUGCGCAUUAAUAUUACUGUAAUCGUCGUAGUUGAUUUCUGCAUACAACUCUGCACUGCCAAACACCUUUCCUAGGCUUUCAUACUCUGUCGUUCCCUCCUGUUAGUGUCAGAGUCAGGGCCUCUCUGUCUCUGUGUCUUUUCUGACAGUAACUUAUUCUAAAUGGCCGAGUGUACAGUGUUGUGACUCAAAGUCUUGAUGAAGUCGGUGAUUCUUGUAAACUUGUUUAAUUGAACUUUGCGAGUAUCUUGUUCACUCUGUCUGUAUUUGAUACCAGAAGAUGUAAGCGCACACAGUCAUCAGUCUAGUUUCUGGUUUCUAGAUAGCUUUUUAUAUAGCCCCCCCAAAAAACAGUCCCUUUGAUUAAAAAAAAUAACUUGAUCUUGACUGCAGGAUUGCAGCUCUGUAAAAAAAAAUGUUUUGAGUGGUGUAUUACUUUCCUUGUAUUCCUGACCAGAAAAUAUGAUUCUUUAUUGGAAUUAGAAUUCACAACGUUUUCCCCGUACAAACGGACCGUGGGUGUGCAACGCCACAGACGCUUCCAAAUUCAUCAUCUAUAGAUUACGCAGACAGAGCAGAACAUACACCAGCCGCAUAUAUCUCUGCGUAUCAUUCCCUUAUAAACCUUCUUUACAGUGUUAUACAACGAUGACGAUAGCAAAGAAGUGUCUGGCAUGUAUGCGAGUCUGUGUUAGCGGCGGUAAGGAGAGAUGAAUGUUGUGUUUAUCAUCUCCAUAACAGAAUUGUCUGUCAUAAGAAAACGAAGCAGCUCUGUUUCCACUCCUGGAGGAAUCUGCUGUGGAUACUGCUGCACUCCCACUGCUCUGAGGAGGUGGUGUUUUCUUUCUCACACCACCGCACAUCCGCUCCUCUGUUUGAUGUGUCGCAGAGAGAGAUAGAUCAGCUAUUUCUGUCUGUGUAAGAGAACAGCUCGGAAAGACAGGCAGGAACGCACCAUACUAACAUUCUACUGACCAGACACACGUUUUCCAUUGACAAUCCAUGUCUUCUGACGUUCUAUCGAGACGUGGUCAUUAGGGGUACCAUUUGACUGACCAUCAAUCAACAUUCCAUUUCCAUUCCAUUUGCAACAGAUAGGCAACAUGAUUGGCAUUGAUUCUUGGCAUUUUAUGCAGCACUGUGGCAUCUAUGUCAUUCAGAUUCUGAAUCAAAAAGCCCAAUUUACAUCCUGAUUACAAUAACAGUUCUGUGCACUUUAAAAAACACCAUAAAUUGGGGCUAUUGUCUGAACCUUUUUCCUUCUCUUCCCAUCUGGGUUCAAGCUGCAUCGUGGGUUGCUGUCGCCAUCGCGUCACAGAUAGGAUGACAGGCAUCUGUGCCAUUCAUGCUGGUAAUUUAGGACUCUAGACAUCAACAGUGGUUCAAUCACACUCCAUCAGAGCCUCAGCAGCUACAGCUCCAUCCGCGCCUCUGUCUGUCUGAACCUUUGUCUGUCUGUCUCUGAGGGAGCAGGAUGAAGAGUACUCUGUCUUAUUCAACUCGCUGUUGUCAUUGUCAUUCAAUCUCAGGAAUAGUUUCCCACACCCAGAUAAAGCCUGAAAUUAAGUUUAUGAUUCCUAUUGAGUUUCAUGCUUUUCAGUCCAGGAAUAGG